GACAAAAUAGAUUGUGGUUUGCAUAGCAGUAGGUAGAAAAUAAUCAGCUUGUUGCAAUGGAAGACGAGGAAAAGUCCAAUCAUUCUUCAGACGGAGGAGGUGAAAACGGUGAGGAUAUCUUCUCCAACGAAGAUGGAGCAAUGUCAAUUACAAAGGAAAAACCACUUGCCAACUCUAAACCAUGUGUAGAAAAUAUUCAAAUAACUGGCCGGUUAAAUUGUAUGGUGUCCACUGAAACUUUGCAUUUAGAUACUGAGAGAUCACCAAUUAAUAUAUCACGAGUGAACAGCAUGGAAAUGUAUAUGACCUAACCGACGAGCAACGAUGGGGUAUCCAUUGGAAAAGCUGAUUGUGUACAAAUAAACCUCAACCCUGAAGCAGGAAGAGGCGAAAAAAAUGACUGGUCAUCAAACAUUUAUCAAGCAAUCAAUAAACCGAUGCAUGACACGUUUAUUAAAACACAGCAUUAUAAUGAGGCAAGAAAAAAGUUAGAGACCCAUAGAAUAGUUGUUAUAUCUGGAUCUAUAGGAACAGGUAAAUCAUUUCUAGCACGAAAACUUAUCUCUGAAAAAAUUGAAGAAGGAUAUCAAUUAAAGUCCGUUGAAUCACUGUUCAAAUGGCGAACUUAUGGGAAACAGAUCGUCUUACUAGAUGAUGUAUUUUCAAAACCAUGUAAUUUCAGUAGAAAGUCUUUAGAAUUGAAAUCUUUAUUGAAAACGAUACAAUUAUACCUUGAACCAGAUGACGAAACAGGCAAAACGGUUCUCCUUAUCAUUACAAUUCGACCUGAUGUUUUGGAAGUGUUGAAAGAAGACAAAAGUCUGGAUAUAUUACAAAAUGUGGAAUAUCAAGUAGAUUUGACGCAACCAAUUCCAUUUGACGAAAAAUUAGAAAUUCUAAGAACACACGAGAAAAAAUAUUCCAAAUCUGAAAAGAUCACUGACGACUGUGCUAAUGCUAUUUGCAAUGUUAAAUGUCCUUGUUUUCCUAUAUGUGUAAAAUUGUUCUUCCAACAAGAUGACUUGUUUCAAAAGGGAAGCCGCUUUUUCGAAAAUCCGGUCCGAAUUAUACAAUCAGAGAUUAGCCAAAUGUAUAAAGACGACCGUGAAGUAUUUGCGUUUCUUAUCAUGUUAAUAUUGAACAACGGAGAAAUAAAUGAUUCAUGUCUCGGGACUGAUGCAUGUAUAGCACAUAUAGAUCCAUUGGUAGGGAUUUUACGAUGCAGAAAAGAUGAACUUGUCCAGAUAAUGAACGAAUGUUUUGACAGAAUUCCAAAUCUAUAUGUGACCAGGGGAAAUAAUAAAAUCAAAAUUCAACACGAUUGCAUAUUUCAAGCAAUAUGUGUAUCAUUUUCCAAAAUAUUACCAAUGCCAUGUUUGAAAUAUUUGCCAUUUGAAUUUAUCACCGAACGCAUACGAUUCGAGACAGACCAACGUAUAGACGAACAUAUAAUCAUUCCAUCUAGGUUUUAUGUUUCCUUAGCGAAAAGAUUUUUGACCGAAAUUGAAGUUGGCUGUAUUCGACAUGUUUGUGGACAUCAGGCUAUGUUUUCACCUAUUUUCCUAGCAAUAUUUUCUGAUUGUCUUCAAAAGCUUCAAGAAACAGACAAAAUGAAAUAUUUCCGAAUUUUACAAUCAACAGAACAAGAAAAAGAACAUGGAUGUCUAUGGAAUGGUUGCCUACUAUACUGGGCUGCUGCAGUAGGCAAUAACCAGUUGUGUUCAAAAUUGCUUCUGAAAAAUUUCUAUCAAACAGUGAAAGAAGUGGAUUCGUUAUUUGUGAAAGUCCAAGCAUCAUCAACCUUUGUGCUUGCAUCAUUGUUAAGGUACAAACAAACACUGUUACAACGUUUGCAAGACUUAGGCGGGGAUAUAAAUAGCUCGGUACAUCAGGAAAGAAAAAUGCAAACUUACGGCUGUGACUACUGUAUAACACAAGAUACACAUGGUAUGACUGUUCUCCAAGCCUCAAUAUUUGGCGAGCUAGCCGUAAAUAAGGACACUGUACGAUUCCUUCUGGAUAACAAGGCUCAUUUUCGUGAAGAUAUAACUGUCUAUAGAACACUAAGUAAAGCAGUUCAAAGAGAGGAUGAGACACUAGUAAGACUCCUCCUCGACUAUCAAGCCGAUGUCAACUCGAUAGAUUUAAAUGGCAACUCGGCACUAUUUUAUGCUGUGAAAACAGAUAAUCUUAACAUUGCGCAAAUACUUAUAGCUAACAAAUACCAGAAAAAUAAUUCAGACCAUUUAAUGAACCAUGUUAAAAGCGUUCAAAUGGCUAGGUUGCUUUUGGAAAGCCAUGAUAUAAACACUCCAGACAAAAGUGGGAAGAUUCCUCUGCAUUAUGCCUCUAAUGAAGCAUUAGUAAAUUUCCUUAUUAGAAAAGGAUCGCCAGUUGACAAAAAAGACAGCGCUGGGAGAUCGCCUCUGUUUUAUUCAAAAACAGGAGCGAUAGCGCUUGCAUUAAUUUCUCAUAACGCAAACAUUACAUUACUUGACUCAGAAGGCAAAAAUGUUGCCCAUUUUUUACAAGAUACAUGUGUACUUUCCGCCAUUAUGAAUAAAAUGAAUGAGAAAGGGAAAAAUGAAGUUUUGAAUAGCACAGAUAAGGACGGACGUACACCAAUCUUCUAUUGUUCAAAUGAGAAUAAUCAAAAUAAAUUGGAAUUUCUUUUGAAACACGGAGCAUUAGUAAACAAAAAAUGUGAGAAGUAUAAUCUACGUAAUUCUUUGGGUAAUGAUUUUUGUAUCGAAACAAUGGAAGAUCAAGGCUUCGGACAGCUAAUCUACACGGAAUCGUUUCCUUGUCAUGAUUUAACUGGAGAAAAUAUUCGUAUAUUAUCAAAGGCAAGUGUUCGUCAAAUAUAUACUCAGAACUGGAUUGCUUUUUCGACAAAGAUUCUCUUUUUACCCCGUCAUUCUUUUUCAGUCACACCAGAAAGUAAUCAAGAAGAGUCUGACGUAUGUGCUCAGAUUUCGGAUGAUCGACACAGUGAACUGACAGUAUGCUCCUCAGAUAUCGAAACAGGAAAUAAACAAGCACAUCCAACGGAAAAUUCAAAGGAGACAAACAUUCACACUAAAGGACACUGCACAGUGGCAAUGAAUCUUAUAGCAUCUGGUAAAUUCGAUAUUCAAACUCUCACUACGCUGAAUUCGUAUGGAGUGGACUGGAUGGAAGUUGAUGAUCUCGGGGAUAAUGUACUUCACUACCUUCUUUUACCUCAAAACGAGGGAAACCGAACAAGUGUUAUAUUGUUGAUGGAGGGAAUAAUUUCUAAAGUAAGCAAAGUGCACUUACGGAAAUUUAUAAACGGUAAAGAUGACAACAAUAACACACCUCUUCAUCUCGCCUGCUUCUGUCGACUUACGAACAAGUUGGGAAAGAAGGAGAGAAUAGGGGUAAUCAAAUUACUUUUACGUUUAGGUACAGAUGUCAAUGAUGUUAAUUCGUGGAAUCAGACACCUUUGAAUUGUUUACUCAAUUGUAGAUGUAGGUCGUUUGAAUUGGCAGCGAUACUUAUAAAAGGAAUGUCUAAAAUAAGUAUAAACAUUCCAUGCCAAGGAGGUUGGUCGCCAUUACAAACAUUAUUAUCCAUUCAAGAUUGUGAUAAAUAUUUUUUGGAAGAUGCCAAACGAAUUCUAGAGUCAUUACUUGAGGCAGGGGCAAAUUUAGAAGAAACGCUUUCAAAUCCAAAAUGUUUAUCGAAGUAUAUCAAUCCUUUUUUAUUCGAAUUUCUUCUUCGGAAAUAUUCAUGUCGCAUAUCUGACGAAAUAAAAGAUAGAAUAGUGACUAUUUUAAAUCAAGCUGAAUCUAUACCAAACACAUGGACAAUUUUGGCUAUUAUUUCGAAAGUUAAGGUUCUUAGCGUUGAUACAUUUAUCAGUAAAUUAGCUACAAUGCAAGCAAAUGACAAGUUUAUAAAGCAUACAAUACUGAAGCUAUGCUCUCAAGAUCUGAGCAACGCCCUGGUCAACAAGGUUGUACAAUGGCUGUUUCAAAGUGAUAAGGAUCUUGAUUAUCAAGAUGUAAACGGAAACACAUACUUAAUGAACGUAGUAAGAUAUUAUUUGAAUGAUUUUACAGGACUGUUAGAAAUUAUGACAUUUUUACUACAGAAAGGUGCAAAUCCUAAUAUUAAAAACAACAAAAACGAAACUGUCGUUUACCAUCUCAUUUUGUCUGAUGGUUUUGACGAAAACGUCAAAAAAGGACUUGAAUUGCUUUCGAAUUAUGGAACCAAAAUAGAUUACGGUCAACCUUUUAUAUGGGCAGCGAAAUCACACAAACUGCGUACGAAAGUCAUUCAGUUUUUACCUGAUAGUGUAAGUCCUGAUGACGAGGACGAAAUAGGUAACGCAUUCCAUCAUUUAGUAAAGUCAUACUCACACGGGAUAGAUGUAGGUUUAACAUCUAUCGAAGAAUUUUAUGCCAAAGGUGUAGAAAUAAAUAGCAAGAAUAAAGAUGGCGAGACCCCACUGCAUAUAGCUGUUUGCUUGAAUGUCCGAAAAGAUAUUGUUUUACAGCUGCUCAGUCAUAAUGCUGACGUCAACAGAAAAAAUAAGGAAGGACAAUCUCCGAUGCAUUACAUAUUGUUAUAUUUAGAGGUCAAUGAAAUAUUUUUAUUCAACGAAUUUAUACGUUAUGGUGGAGAUUUGUCAUUAAACGACAAAUUCGGCCGAAAUUAUUUACACUAUGCAGUGUUAGCAAUGAGACCAGACACACUGAAAAUUUUAACUAUCAUUUUACAGAGAAACAUAUGCGACAUCAAUGCAAAAAAUCGUUUUGGAAAAAGCAUCUUGCACACAGUUUGCAAAAUAAACUGCCGAUAUCACUAUAUAAGUGAAGUUGCAACGAGUAGUUAUCAUAUUGAAGUUUCAGAUAACGAAUGGUGUGCCGGAUUGAGAAUCCAUGCCUUACGACUUUUAAUCAAUUUUAAUGGCAACAUUGACAUUACUAAUUCAGAAGGACGUAGCGUUAUGCAUAUUCUAGUAAUUCAGUACGAUUAUUUUAUGAAACAAAAGAAAAGAGAUAGUUUAAAACAUGUGCAUAGUAUAAUAGGAAUGAUUAAACUCCUUAUAUCACGAAAGAUAAAUCUUCAAAUUAAAGAAAAAAAUGGAAAAACGGUGAUGGACUAUUUAAAGGAAUUUUGCCUCACAGAUCUUAAAAACUUUUUUGAAGGACACAUUUCAUCCCAUCAACUGAAAGAGAUGGUGACAUCAGAAGUAUUGUAUAUUCGUUAAAGUGAUUUCGUUACCGUUGUGAAUAUCAUUUUUAUAAACAUUGAUGUAAAACGCUUUAAACUAGAAUGCACAUGAAGUUUGCAUAGAACAUGAUUACAUUCCUCAAUUGUGAGAAUAUUUAUAUAAAGAAUUGACCGACAUGUAGACUAUUAACUUGUAUUUCAUACAUUUCAUUCAACUAAUGAAAUAUGUUUUAAUUUGGUUUUCAUACUGUAAAUUUGCAAAAAAACAAUAGUACCGAUGGUUAAUGUAUUUUGCAAAAAAGUGUUAUAUAAUUUCUUUACCUACUUGAAGUUUACAGACAAACAAUAUAAUUUAAAUUAUGUCAAUAUCGCAGCAAGGACAUCCUGGGAGGUAGUCAAUUCGAGGAAUAAAAUAUAUAAUUUUAUAAACGUGCUAACGACAGAUAAGUUCGGACAAACCUUCCUUAUAACAAUGGUUGUUUAACUAAUAAACGAUUUAUUUUCAUUCCCAGUGAACAGUCAUCAACCAUUUCAUCGGAUCACAUUAGCUUAUUUGUUAUCAUCACCUAUCUACUUAUUCGCCAUUUCUAUAUAUAAAACUACAUCGUUUGUUUUGUUUUCAAUGAUCAAGAGAUAACAUACAAUAAUGAUUUACAAUGAUUUGAUUGCGCAAAGAGUCAUAACUCAAUCAUGUCAGUACACUUUUUGGACUUUUUUGGAGUAGUAAUAUCAUGAACAUUUCUAACGAACAUAAAAAAUAAAAUUGAUGUAACAGUACUGUUGGAAACAUUUCCCUUUAUCAAAUGGGUUUCAAAAGAAACUGUUAUUUGGUUAAGAGUUUUCUGUCUAUAGUUUAUUUGAUGAUUAGUCUAAAUUUCUAUAUCUAUCAAAAUUGGCAAACUGGUCUGAAAUUUAGAAAUAAGUGGAAACAAUUACUUUGACCUUUUAACCACAUACAUGCACUGCGAAACUGUAGUAAGAGGAUUUUUUUCAGACUAAAUAUAAACUGUCUUCCUUGCUAGGCAGGCACAUUCAUCCGUCCAAUUACACAAAAUAUGUUUACAAUAAUAUCAUACACAUGGUGGAAUGUAAUACUAGUAUUCAUGCUCAUCUAGUGUAAGAUAACUUGGGGUUUGUGUUGUUUAUUCUUUAGUUUUCUAUGGUGUGUCAUGUGUACUAUUGUUUUUCUGUUUGUCUUUUUCAUUUUUAGCCAUGGCAUUGUCAGUUUGUUUUUGAUUAAUGAGUUUGACUGUCCCUUUGGUAUCUUUCGUCCCUCUUUUAUUAUAGGUCUUGAAUAGCCAUGAUAUUUAUUUACAUAUCCGCUUGUCCUAAUUUCAUAAUAGUAAACAUUAUUUUCCCGUUAAGUUUGGAACUAAGAGAAUAAGGUAGUUCGUCAUAUUUACUAGAUAUGAUAAAAGAAUGAAAUUGUUGCAUGCCAUUAAGUCAUGAUAUCGAUUUAAAAAUGGGAUUUGAAAUUUAGAUAGGUUUUAAAAUCGGGCAACUUGUUGUUGUGUAUGUCGAAAAAACGGAACCACGACAGUCAUUGUCUAUUUUGGUGGCAAAUUUCAACUUAUAAACUACAUUUGUUACUUUGAAAGAUAUUUUUAUAGGUUUAAUCUUGCAUUGAGCGUUAAAUCUGAGGUUUUUGCAAAAUUCGAUAACCAAGCUAAAAAAAAUUAACAAGAAUCACUAUGGCAGAGUUCAUAUAAGUAUGCUGUUUCCAGUGAAAACAACAAUGAACAUAGUUGUUAUUAUACACGAGAUUUUUGUUUUUUAAAAACGUUUUUUGAAAUAACUCAAAAUAAGAU